UUCUCUCGGCCUUGCUCCCGCUCCAAACCUCGUCCCAAGCUCCCGAGCUCCGGCCAUGGCCGCGCUCAGGAUGCUGCUCUCUAGUGACUUCUGGAGGAUGGCAAUCUUAUGGAUGCUGGCCCUCAUCUCCUCCUACUUCCAUCUCCUUCUCACCGCUCGCUUUCCCUGCAUCCUGCGCUGCCACCACCGGACUCGCUCCUACCCUCGUUGCCGCUUCUCCUCCGCGCCGGACUCCAUCAUCAAGCGCCCUGUUUGUGUCGUCACUGGUGCGUCGUCUGGCUUGGGCGCUGCUGCUGUGCGCGCACUCGCCUCUCAGGGCUAUCAUGUUGUUCUCGUUGGCCGCUGCCUUCAAUUGCUUCAAAAAACCAUUGGAGAAAUCAAACAGCAGGAUGAUGAUGCUUCAUUGAGUGCCUUUGAGGUUGAUUUGUCAUCCUUUAGUUCAAUUAAGAAGUUCGAGAGUGGAAUUAAACAAUGGCUUUCGGAUUCCAAUCUUCACCCUUCUAUUCAGUUGUUGAUCAACAAUGCUGGGAUAUUAGCUACUUCAUGUAGAGUUACAUCUGAUGGAUAUGACCAAAUGAUGCAGACAAACUUCAUUGGCGCAUUUGUUUUGACCAAUCUUCUUUUGCCAUUACUCAAGAUCAGCCCAGUGCCCUCGAAGAUAGUUAAUGUGACAUCAUUUACGCAUAGAUGCAUAUCUAAUACAGAUUUGAAUGAGGGAACUUUAGGUGGGAAGAUCUUUGAUUGCUUGCCAACCUCAGGAAGCUAUCCUUCUGCUCAUACUUAUGAGCUUUCCAAAUUUUGCUUAUUGCUGUUCUCAUAUGAGCUUCAUCGGCAGCUUCAUCUUGUGGAUCCAUCUCCUAAUAUCUCUGUCAUUGCCGCCGAUCCAGGUGUGGUAGAAACCAAAAUUAUGCGGGAGAUUCCUCCAAUCAUAUCUGAAUUGGCCUUUAAGGCUCUGAGAAUCAUGCGACUUCUGCAAUCGCCUGAGACUGGUGUUGAUUCUAUCAUUGAUGCUGCAUUGGCACCGUCUGAUGCAUCAGGCGAGUACUUCUUUGGAGGAAGAGGUAGAACAAUCAGGUCUUCAAAGCUCUCUUACAAUGCUCAACUCGGUAAAAAUCUAUGGACUCGAUCGAUGAUGCUCUUUGAAGAAGUACAGAGUUCAUUCCAUUAGCAAACAAAGACGAAGAAAAUUAUAGUUGAAGUAGAUCGGAAAUGAGGUUAAACAGGGUACACUGUAAGCUAUAUUCAAUUUUUCAGUUUUACAGACAGUUUAUAAAUAUAAUUAUAUCUUUUUUUUAACCUUUAUUAAUGAUAAUUGAAAAGUUCCAAAACAUUUUUUAGUUUGUUUG